CUUUGUAUUAACGCCAUUCGAUUCGAUUCGAUCAAGACGAGGCGAGGUUCUUUUGACUUGCCCUUUUGCGCUUUACCUUCCGCUCUUUUUCUUCUCCAAUUCCUCCGAUCGGACCGCGAGAAGCCUUGAGAGCGCAGCAGGGGGCCUGAUCCGUAUCAUCGUCCUGAUGGCCAACAGCAACCUUCCUCGCCGGAUCAUCAAGGAAACUCAGCGACUCCUUAGCGAACCCGCUCCCGGCAUCAGUGCAUCUCCGUCCGAGGAUAAUAUGCGCUACUUCAAUGUGAUGAUACUCGGACCAACACAGUCUCCAUAUGAAGGAGGAGUUUUCAAGCUUGAGUUGUUUUUGCCUGAAGAAUAUCCCAUGGCAGCCCCAAAGGUCCGCUUUCUUACCAAAAUAUACCACCCUAACAUUGAUAAGCUUGGAAGAAUAUGCCUUGACAUCCUGAAAGAUAAAUGGAGUCCAGCCCUCCAAAUCAGAACAGUACUACUCAGCAUUCAAGCGCUUCUUAGUGCCCCAAAUCCAGAUGACCCUCUCUCCGAGAACAUCGCCAAACAUUGGAAGUCAAACGAAGCAGAAGCUGUCGAAACAGCAAAAGAGUGGACUCGUCUGUACGCCACAGGCGCAUAAAAAUUCAAUGUAGACCACUGCAGUAAUCUACCCACAGCGGAAGUUUAUUCAUCCAUAUAUUAAGAUGUUGACAAUGAACAAGGUGUCGAGAAAAUGCUGUUAUAUAUCUUCUAUAAGCAACUUUUCAUGUAGUUGCCAAAUUUCAAGCUUGUAUCCCCUACCGUCUCUUUACUUGAAAGCUUUAUCAUGCCAUUAACACUAAUUUCUCAGCUCGCGCUUGUGGAAAUACCCUCUGCAAUGUUUUGGUUAUUUAUUUAUCUUCUUUGUUCCUACCA